AUGAAAUAUUUAAUCAGUGGGUGUAAAAGACAUCGAGUUGAAGAUUAUCUUCAUGUUGUGGAUAGUUGGACAGAUUUAGAAUUUAAAGAGCACUUGCGAAUUAAGCGUAAUUUAGCAAUUCGAUUAAUAGAUGAAUUGCAUGAAAGUGGAUUUAUUCCUUCUCAUUCGUUUGGAGUGAGACCAAUUGAAGCGAAACUCAGCUUUCUUAUAUUUUUGUGGCACUUGGCAAAUACAGAACCUCUACGAACAAUAUCAGAUAGAUUUGACGUUUCAAUUUCAUCUGUCUUUCGA